CGCUCUAAUUACAAACCUUUCUUACUUGUUCUACAUUUUUUUUGAGUGCAUCAACGAGAAAUUUCUUGUCUUAUUACUCGUAAAACCUUUCUUUCUGGCAAAAUUGUAUUAAGAGAAAAAGCAUUAUGGAAUAUGGAAACGUUGCAUGCACUCUGUUUCUUAUCAUGCCGGCACUGACUGUUACUGCGGUCAAACAGCCAAACAUUGUUUUCAUCCUGGCAGAUGACCUGGGUUGGACAGAUGUCAGUUUUCAUGGCUACGACGAAAUUCCUACUCCGAAUAUUGAUAUUCUGGCCGAAGAAGGCGUAAUUUUGCAUGAUUAUUACGCACAGUAUCUAUGCACACCUUCCCGAGUUGCUUUAAUGACCGGAAAAUAUCCCUUUCGCACAGGAAUGCAGCGGCUGGUUCUACAGAUUGGAGAAGAUCGGGCGCUUCCGCUGGAGGAAAAACUCUUGCCUGAAUACCUGAAAGAUUUGGGAUAUUCCACUCACAUAAUUGGCAAAUGGCAUUUAGGUUAUUCAAAACGGACAAUGACCCCUUUGUACCGGGGUUUCGACUCUUUCUUCGGCUAUUACGCCGGUGCCAACGACUAUUUUAAUUACACCCCGGAAGUGCGCAAGGAAGAAUGGCGCGGAUUUGAUCUUUGGGAUAACGUGACUGCCUGCCAGAAAUGCAAAGGACAAUAUUCGACAAAUUUAUUUACCGAAGUUGCCAUUAAAAAGAUAGACGAGCACCACUAUGAAAAGCCACUUUUUCUUUACUUUUCCCACAUGGCCCCGCAUGCUGCUGGGAAAUAUGACCCAACACAAGCGCCAUGGAAAGAUGAAAAACACUUCAGCUAUAUUAAGCACGACGAUCGCCGAGAACAUGCCGCAAUGGUGAAUGUGAUGGACCAGUCAGUUGGGAAAAAUUACGCAUUUUGCUUUCUAGCAAUCGGCGGUAGAUCCUGGGACGCUAUAUCCGAAGGCUUACCUUCACCCCGAGAAGAGAUUGUGCAUCAGAUUGAUCCAGUGGGUCCUGAAUACGCUAUAAGAUGGAAAAAUUAUAAACUGGUUUACGGAUCACCGGCAGGCUUGAAAACAAAAUCAUUUCGCAUGGAUCACUGGUAUAAACCACCGAAUGGUAUUCAUGCCAAGUUUAUCAAACACGAAAAAGCAGCCGUACACUGUAAAAAGCCUAGCCACGCAUUGCCGUGCCAUUCUUUACUGGUUCCAUGUCUUUUUGACAUCGAAGAAGAUCCCUGUGAAUAUAACAAUCUUGCGGGUUCGCACAAGAAUAUCGCUGACCUGCUGAUGGAAAAGAUCCGUGAGUAUAAUACAACCGCACUACCCUCUGAUCCUGAUAUUUUUGACCUGGAUCCAAGAGCAAAAACCGCGUUUCAUCAUGGCUUAAUAGAACCCUGGUUAACUUGAGUAUUAUUUGGUUAGCAAGAAUGCUAUUUAAUUUUUUGAGUAAAUAAAUAAGUUAUUGCAUUGCUACUAAAGUAAUUACAUUAGAAAUGUAAUUAAUUAAUGGACGUUUUGUUGGCUUACCCUGAUGUUAUCUGCCCUUUUUCUUGGAUGUAUUAGGGGCAGUACAAAACGCAUUAUGGCACUUGUCUCUAUUGUUGUGCAAAAUUUAAUGUUAUUAGAGAAAAAAACUUGGUUUGAUUUUCUGUAAUGAAAUUUUUAGUGUGUACAGAUAGUUC